UGCAUGGGCAGCGGCAGCGAAGGCGGCAGCGGUGGCGCCGCGGCGAGCGUUCGGGAGCCUCACGACUUCAGCAACGUCGCGGCCUUCUCUGAGCUGCCGUUCCUGCGGUCCGCUCCUCCUCGUGAAAGCCCCAACUCCGGUAUCCGCAUCUUCGGCAUCGACGUCCCGCAUUCGUCACCGGAGAGCAAGGCUAAAGAAACCGCCGCCGCCGCCGCCGCCGCAACGCAAAGCAGCAGUGGCGGUGCCGUCGGCGCCGCUCCCACCGACAGCAGCCGCAAGUUCGAGUGCCACUACUGCUGCAGGCACUUCCCGACGUCGCAGGCGCUCGGCGGCCACCAGAACGCGCAUAAACGCGAGCGGCAGCACGCCAAGCGGGUGCAGAUGCAGUCGGCGAUGGCCGCCGCAGCGGCGGCGGCUGGCGGCGCUCACCACCACCACCUCCUCGGCUACCCGCAGCAUCGCUUCGGCGUGGCAGGCCCUACGGUGGCGACAUUGUACCCCUCGUGGCACACAAUGAGGCCUCCAGGCGCCGGCGGUGCCGUCGCCAUCGGCCCGCAGUUCUACAGCGGGGUCGGGUCGAUCGCUCAGCCGAUCAACGGGAACCCCCUGACGGCUGGGCUCUGGAGGGGGCCGCCUGCUGGGCACGGGAACACGAGCAUGACGCCGGCUGGAGAGCGGCGGCCAGUUGCGCUGUCCGUGUUCCGCGGAGAAGACCCAAGGGCUUCAACGUCUCUUUUGGCGUCGCCCUCCUCGUCUUCCUCUUUGCUGCUGUCUCCACAAGGUCAGUUUGUUUGUGAGCAGCCGGCAACCACCGCAGCCGAGGGCGUGAGCUUAGAUUUGCAUCUAUAAUUGUUACCUUUUGUCUGCUGCUUUUAGCGGAUCAACCCAAGAACUCAUUUCAUUACCUUUCCCAUAUCUACGAUUGCUCUUCACUGAAUCCAGAUCUUGCCUUAUUUUC